AUGCCUUGGUUACAAGACACAGCUGACAACAAGUCCAUCAUCAACGCCAUCCUUGACAUCGAGGGAGAGCCGGACAUUAAGGUGGUACGACAGGGUUUCGAGGACAGGGUGCUAAGUUACAGAGCCGCCGACGGGACACGCAUCUUCGACAAGUUUGAGAAAUACGCCGACACUGCGUUCGGCGCCUACGUGUGGAAAUAUGAGGAACACUUUGACCUUGCCGAUCACAUCUUCAUGUACGAGGACAGCCGGCCACGCACCGAUGUGGAGCUACACCAGGUGGUCAAUGAUCUCAAUCAACCGCAGCUACCGGUGAAGAAAUCCCCAUGGCAACUCAUCAUCAUCCCCACGGCGAUGGAAUCUGCUCAGUCGAGUUAUACGAUGAUGCUGAGGGGUCACCAUAGCCUUGGAGAUGGCAUUUCGCACAUGCGUCUGAUGAUCGAACAUUUGUUCGACAAAUCCGACGACAAUCACGAACGACCUCUCCCACGGGGUCGCUACGGCCCGACUAAAUCCAUCUGGACUCUGCUCGGUGCAAUCUUCUACGGUCCAUACGUCGCCGUGGCGCAACUCCUGCGACAUGCCGACAGAAAUGAACUCCACGGUCCAGAGAUGACCGGAGUGAAGAUAAUGGCGUGGUCACCUCCGAUUAACCUGGCGUCGGUAAAGCAGGUGAAGAAUGCGUGCGGUGCUACUGUGAACGACGUGCUGACCGCCUGCCUCACCGGUGCCUUCCGCGAUACCUUCAUGGACAGGUCGCCUAGCAACCAGGAGUUCUGCUGCUUGGCUGACCAGGAAUUUAUCCGUGUUUACGAACGACCGGACGUCGCAAAUGAUGUUUUCUAUUGUCUACAACUAUACCAGCCAGCAAGUCUAUGUGACGAGUAUGCCUCAUUUGGAGCCUCUAUCAUCAGCUACCGAGGAGAGGUGCGUGUCGGCGUGCGCUGCGACACCGCCGUGCUCGAUAACCCCGCGUUCGUCUGCGACAAAUUCCUCAAACACUUCGGCCAUCUUGUCGAACAAGCAAAAGCCAUGGCGUAA